UCUCCCAAGAAACAUCAACCUCCCACUUCUAGACCCCAGUCACCUACCCGUAUUCCUCGUAAUCUCCCUCCUCAUCUUGGCCAAUGCCUCCGUCUACAGAAGCACGCUAUGCUAUCGGAACUACAAAAUUUCAGUAUUGAAAGCGACGAUGAUGCUAGUCUUGGCCCUACUAACACAGCAGCUUCACAGCAACUAAAGGACUUGCUUGUGGGAACUGUUAGUCGUGGCGAGGGCAACAGUUGUUUUAUCCUCGGACCACGCGGCAGUGGAAAGACUACACUUGUGGAGCGAGCUAUUGCGUUGCUGAACCAGACGCCUAUUGUUAUCAGGCUUUCGGGUCAUACCGAGCUAAAUGAUCGCCUCGCACUCCGAGAAAUCGCGCGACAGCUCUCUCUCCAAACAGGCAAAUCAUAUCUUGCUGAAGUUAAUGGCGACGAUGACUCAGAUGGCGACGACAAUCCUUUCCUGGACGCCAGCGCGGGCAUCGGCAUCCCACCCCCAUCCCAUCUCCCCGCGUUAAUUUCAGUCUUAACCACGCUUUCCCGUCCGGUGGUAGUCGUUUUAGAUGCCUUCGAUCUCUUUGCUUUACAUGCCCGGCAGGCACUUCUUUACUGCUUACUGGAUACCGCACAAAGCUGUAGAGUCGGUCUAGGAAACAAUGGCAUUGCGGUCAUCGGGGUAACUACGAGGAUAGAUACCAUCAACCUAUUGGAGAAAAGGGUCAAGAGCAGAUUCUCUGGGCGAAUGCUGCGCACUGCUGCUCCGGCAGAACUCCCGUUUUGGGUGAAGCUUAUAGAACGAGUGUUUCGUGCCCGAAUUAAAAGCCCCGAGGAAGAGUGGGAGCCGGUAUGGAGCAUGGCCAUCGACAAAUUUAUCGCAGAUCGAAAAGUGCUCGAACAAAUCCAAGAGACUGUUGCGGUCACGCGAGAUAUUAGGGUACUUCAGCGAAUCUUGGUUGGUGUUGUUGCUUCAUUAGCCCCUUCAUCGCCAUUCCCAACUUGUGCAAAGCUCGCAUCAGCAAUACAUGCACAGCGUAUACGUGUUCCAUUUCCUCACUUAAGCACAUUGUCAUAUCCCUCGAUCUGUCUUCUUAUAGCUGCCGUGCAUGCCCACACCGCUGGGCAUGAUGCCAUCACCUUUGAGAUGCUUUAUGACAGCUUUCGUGAACAAUACCGUGCUUCGGCAGCAGCCCCAAUUCAGGUUGCAGGAGGAAGUAUUAGCAUGUCGCGAUGUACUCGCGAAGGGUUCGAAUGUCUGGUCGCUGAAAAAAUACUCAUAAGCGUAGCCGCCUCAUCGACGAACAUUGCUCCAGGAUUCACUCGAUAUCGAAGCGUUUUGACCUGGGAUGAUGUUAAAAGGGCAGUCGACAAGAUGGGUAAAACUAGCUUGAAAAAGUGGCUCACGAAAGCACAUUAA